UGCUGCGCGAUUUCGGUGAACAUUUUAACCACAAAUGAAGAAAUUAAAUUGACAAUGUAAUCCAUUCUCCUCCCAUUUAAGUCACACCCAUGUCCGCUCUUUUGUCUUCCGAUAGCCGGCAAACGACAAGACACGGACGAACGAACGACAACCGAUAGUAACGCUUACCUUCGCGGAGCUACGCCAGCAUUGGAUAGAAUUGAAAUAAUUUCAAAGAUAAAACCUGAAAAAUGUGUCGCGUUUAGCGGGAAGCGAACAUAUCACACAUUCAGUUGUGCAGAUGGGUUACGCAAAAAAAAAAAAAAAAAAAGACUCGCACCACCGUCGAACCGACGCCAUACGUAAUGUUGUUUUGGGAAUAGCGUCCAGCGGCCGGCUGUACAGAUGCGUUACGCAAAAUCAUUUCCGGAAUACAGUAGCACUUAAGCCCCCCCCCUUACUUCCGUCAACUAUCACGAAAACACGCCAAUUAUUUAUGUAUAUAUAUUUAAAAAAAACUGUCUUUAACUAGAAUAGUGAUUGGCUAAAAUCUAUUUUUAUUUUUAAAAUCCUGUUCUUCAUUACCCGGUGAAUUUAUGUAAACUACAUACGUAAACUAACCUCAGAUCUGCAACAAACGUCUGAACUUGAAUAUGCGUAAUUGACUCAAUAAGUGCAUAUUUUGUAAACAACGACACCAGUUAGUUAAUAAGUUCAUUAAUUAACCCAAUAUAUUACAAAUUAUCUCUCGUCAACUGAGCCUUGCCGCGCAAAAAUUGCGUCAGUGAACAGCAAUUAGAAGUCAAGCUAAUUUGCUAAUGCUAAAGCUAAAGUAAACUGAAACUAAAAUGGCAUAUCAAAAUACAACUAGUGCCCUUGAUAGGCUCCUCUGCCGGUUAGUCAUUGAAAUGCGUGAGCUUUUCCAGAAGAAGAAUGAUCUUGAUCGAGAGGUUGAAGUUUGUAAAGCCGACAUUGCCGAGAAGAGGACAUGUAUUGAAACGACACGCGCACAUAUCAAGGCAUUGGAAGAGGACGCUGACGUCAAGCGCAACAAUUUGAAACACAACCAGGCAGUGGCAAAAAGCAUGAAGGUAACACAGGGUUUGCUCCAGCAGUACAACCACACUUUGAAAGGAGAACUGGAGAGCGUAAAAGCCAGUUACAUCAGUGAUAAGGAAGUCUUUGAAGAAAAAAUUGCAAGCUACAAGAAGCUGUUUCAGGAACAUCAAAAGCCGUUGGCGCACAAGCUGCAAGCGCUAAAUGACGACACCGAGAGUCCAAUCGUGGCAGUGGAAGCCAAGCGAGGGGGCGGGGCCUAUGUCACAGAAUCUGGUGCUCCUUGUUCCUCCUUAGAGAAAGGACCAGAGAGUGACCUUCAUCGGCAGUCCACCACAACAGCAGCCAUGGAAAUGGAGACUUCACGUGUGACGGAAUCCACGAGUCACGUCUCCGCUGUGAACGUCACUGAGACAAAUUCGUCAUCCUUCUGUCUUGAUUGGUCUUGUUUGGACUCGAUGCGACAAACGAAGAGAUGUCUGAGCGGUCCACAAACCUCCGGGGAUGGGAACCCUGAGGGAAUGGACGCGCAAAGCGAGGCCCAGGAAUCAUUUUUCUUCAGCGCUGAUGAAAGAAGAAGCAACGAGCAACACGUGAGGGCAGAAGUUCAUCGUAGACCAGAUGAGAUGUCCAGUGAAGAUGAGGGGGACAAGGAGAUCGGACCAUUGAGCCAAGGAAAACAGUCGGCUGCGUCGGAGGAAGAGGAGUCGGCACGCGGGCAAAUGGAGGAAGGCGCUCCGGCAGAGGAGGAAGAGGAGCCGGCACCGCAUGAACACGUGGCACAACCUCAGUCCUCCGCUGUGCCCAGAACGCCAACAUUCCAGUUGAGCUUCAGCCCGGCCGAGUCGCCACUUCAGGGCCUGUCCGACACCAAGUCUCCAGCCUUCAGGUUCUCGCUCAACUCUAAUCCCAGCACGCCGGGUUUCUCCAGUUUCCUCUUCGAUGCGGUCUCCUCCAACGAUGAGCCGCUGUCGUUCCCAUUCAGCAGCUCCUUUUUCACCGACAAGAAAAACGAGGAGAGCAAAUCGGGAGACCUGGACUUCCUGUUCAACCAGCUAGAGAGCGACGACUUCCAGUUCCCCUUCACCGCCGAGAACCCCGCGGAUAACAUGGACAACACCGCCGACUUACCCUUUUCGUUCAACUUUUGAGGGAAGGCAUUCGCAGUUUGCGUUUCCGCAGCAAUGAGAAAGUUGUUCAGAAAAUGUUUUUGGGAAACGUUGCAUGGACGUUCUGUGUUUUGGCAGCUGGUUGCACGUUUCAAAGUCCGUGAUUAAUUGCACGUGCCGGUCUACAUGAAAACAUAUCUCUGGGAAUUUAGACUUGAAGUCUCAACAUAUGAUUUAUAUUUGCCUUAAUUUGAAUCCUUACCUUUGUUCUGAAACGACUAAAGCUCUGGAAACUGUAUUCUCGGGCCAGGAAUACUGCACUCUGUCAUUUUUGUUAACUGGACGGCGGGAUCAAACUAUCACCGGGUUUCAUUCAAAACAAUCAACGGUGAAAUGAUCAAUUUGCAUGUUUCUAUUUUGGGGAGGGUGGGGGGCAGGUCGUUUCUAAGCGUUUUAAUCUCCAAUAUUGCUUCUUGGGGCUAAUCUCUCUCUUUGUACUGGUUUGGUUUCAUUUCUCCAGCAGUGUCCCAGUUAAAGAUCAAUAAAUAAUUCAAUCACUC